AUGUCUCAGUGGAAUAACACUUACGCUUAUAAUAACCAGUACCAGCAACCUAACAACUGGAACACUAAUCCGAAUGGUCAAUAUAUGAAUCAAACCUACUAUAAUAGACAAAUAGAUCCCAGUGGAAACCAGUAUGUUAGUUUUAAUGAGUUUAUAUCGCAAAUGCAAUCGGGAGUUCCUACCGCGAGUACUGCCCAGUAUAAUAACCAAUAUCAAGAUUACUCACCAAGCCAAUAUAAUUCAGAUAAUUAUCAAAAUAUACCUGUAGAACAAAAUACCCAAGCUACCUAUGAAUAUGCUAAUACUAAUUACUCUAACAGUGAGUCUUAUCAAAUGAAUGAUCAAGCACAGUCUUUAGGCCAAGGGCGUAACAGGUACACUAGUACUAAUGACAUGGUAUCUAAGUCUAAGCUAACACCCACUGCCACUGAAUUUGUGCCUAAAAGUUCAGCACCCAAGAAUGUGCCAGCUACUGUUAUUAAACCACAAAAUGUAGAAAAUAGUGUCAAUGAUCAAAGUACUUCAAGGCCAUCAGAUUCAAGAAAUUGGAGAGAUAGACCGCAUAGUUCUGGACAAAGUUUACACCAGGCAAAUGGAUCUGAAAAUGGCACAAACAACAGAGGCCACGAAAGUAAUCCAAGAUAUGAAAGGAAUCGAAAAAAUGACAGUCAGAACUACAAUGCCUAUCAUAGUAAAGCUGAAUCUAGUAGUCAAUAUCAAGAAACAGGCAGAAAUGGCGAAAACAAUGUGAAUAGUAGGAGAAAUAAAAACGACAACACAAAUGGUGAAUCAAACCGUUAUGAAAAUCAAAAGGAUGGGGGCCAAGGAAAAUCUAAUUCUAAGGGAAAGAGUAGUACAUUUUAUAGCAGUUCCAAGCCAAAAGACAGCCAGGAUGUUAGGAAUGGAAGAGAGGGGUCAGGCAGGCAACGCUGGGCUGGAACCCAGCGGCUGAGGGCUUCAGAAAGAAACAGCUGUGAAGAUGAGCAUUAUGCUAAUUCCUAUUUACAAUACAGGGAAGAAAGAGGGAAGUAUGUACCAAGUCCAAUAAGAAGUAAGAAACAAGUGAACAAUAGUAAUGCAGGUGCAAACAAAGAAAUGACACAAAGGGAACGUCUCAUCGAACAACUUGACAAGGGAACUCUGGAGUGUCUCGUGUGCUGCGAGCGAGUUAAACAAAUUGACCCAGUGUGGUACUGCAGCAACUGCUUCCAUGUAAUGCAUUUAAGGUGUAUAAGAAAAUGGGCAGUUAGCAGCAUGGUCGAGGGUAAAUGGCGUUGUCCAGCGUGUCAGAACACAAGUCAAGACAUUCCAACCGAGUAUCGUUGUAUGUGUGGAGCUGUCAGAAACCCAGACUAUCAGCGUGGAGCAAACAAUGCGCACACAUGCGGAAAGUCAUGUAAACGUUCCAGGAACUGUCCUCAUCCAUGCACACUUCUCUGUCACCCUGGUCCCUGCCCGCCAUGUCAAGCAACUAUUACCAAGAAAUGCGGAUGUGGUGCGGAGAGUCGGUCAGUGAUUUGCAGCAGCAAGCUGCCGCAAGAGUGUAGCAGGCAAUGCGGCCGUAAACUCAACUGCAGCGUUCAUAAAUGCGCACGCGACUGCCACGAGGGGCCGUGUGAUUCUUGUGAACAGAUUGUCGAACAAGUAUGCCACUGUCCGGCCGCCAAAACGAGAUCUAUCCCAUGCACAGCAGAGAGCGGCGACGUGCUCAGCUGGUCAUGCGGAGCGGCUUGCGCACGCGUGCUGUCAUGCGGUGCGCAUGUGUGUCGCGACGCGUGCCACGCCCCUCCGUGCGCACCGUGCCCCCUACGCGUUGAAAACGUGCCUACCUGCCCCUGCGGGAACACAAAGUUAAAACAAGGCGAACGCAAGACCUGCUCAGACCCAGUACCGCUCUGCGACAAUAUCUGUGCGAAACCUUUGUCCUGCGGGCCGGAGAACGACAGACAUUUCUGCAUGCAAAAGUGUCAUCAAGGUAGCUGUCCAAUGUGUCCGGAUAGUACUCUGCUUCAAUGUCGCUGUGGCCAUUCGACCAUCGAAGUACCUUGCAAGGACCUAUUGGAAACUGGCAGUACCGUGAUGUGUCAGAGAAAAUGCAAUAAGAAAUUGUCGUGUGGUCGACACCGCUGCCGUACAGUGUGUUGCGCUGCGCAGUCGCAUCGAUGCGCAGUGGUCUGUGGCCGCACCCUUUCCUGCCAACUGCACCGCUGCGAGGACUUCUGCCAUACGGGACACUGCGCACCGUGCCCUCGCCUCGGUUUCGAAGAGCUCCGCUGUGAAUGCGGUCUAGAAGUGAUCCUACCACCAAUCCGUUGCGGGGCAAAGCCUCCCCCUUGCAACGCACCCUGCCGACGAGAGCGCCCCUGCGGGCAUCCGCCCCACCACUCGUGCCAUUCCGGAGAUUGUCCCCCAUGUGUGGUACUGACUACAAAGACAUGUUAUGGAAAGCACGAGGAACGCAAGACAAUACCAUGCUCCCAAGAGGAGUUCUCGUGCGGUCUUCCAUGCGGAAAGCCCCUUUCGUGUGGGAAACAUACUUGCAUCAAAACAUGUCACAAGGGACCCUGUGAUACUGACAAAUGCAAUCAGCCAUGCAAUGAGAAAAGAAAUAGCUGUGGUCAUCCAUGCGCAGCGCCAUGCCAUGCAAAUAACGUCGGGAACUGUCCCAGCAAUGGAGCGUGCAAACGAGCUGUCACCGCCACAUGCCCAUGCGGGCGGCGUAAGGCGGAGCGAGCGUGUUGCGAUAACUCAAGGGAUUAUGCAAGAAUCUUGAACGCAUUAGCUGCAACGAAAAUUCAAGAGGGCGGUUCUGUUGACCUAUCUGACGCGCAACGGCCGAGUGCUAUGUUAAAAACCUUGGAAUGUGACGAUGAGUGUCGCCAAGAAGCCCGCAGCAGACAGCUCGCGUUGGCUUUGCAAAUCCGCAACCCCGAUGUAUCUGCGAAGCUGGCCCCGCGCUACAGCGACACGCUGCGUGCUAUGGCGGCACGGGAACCCGCGUUUGCGCAACAGAUACAUGACAAGCUGACGGACUUGGUGCAACUUGCUAAGAAGUCGAAACAAAAAACGCGUGCGCACUCGUUCCCGUCAAUGAACCGUCAGAAGCGCCAAUUCAUUCACGAGAUGUGCGAACAUUUUGGCUGCGAGAGCGUCGCAUACGACGCAGAGCCAAACCGGAAUGUCGUGGCUACAGCUGAUAAGGAAAAGUCCUGGUUGCCAGCCAUGAGUGUACUCGAGGUGCUCGCUCGUGAAGCUGGAAAACGGCGUGUGCCGGGCCCAAUACUUCGAUCAGCUGCGCACAGCGCGACUAGUGCGCCUGCGCCGCUUCCGGCUGCCUCAACUACAUCUACAAAAUCUUUCGGUGGCUGGGCGACAUUAACGUCUACGAACGCUUGGGCGAGCCGCAGCCAGCCUUCCACCUCGACACCCGUAGCUGCGAAGACUACAGCAAUUAAACCAGAGCCACGCCCCAAGAUAGACUAUUUCGAUAAUCCACCGGAAAGUUAG